AACAUGAAGAGGAUACUGGUUUAUCUUACUUUGAAUCUGACAGUAGUCAUCGUGAACAGUGACACGACGGUGACGAUCCACCCUCAGUGGUUGGCACAGGGAGGUAGUGCUCGCUAUGACAGCAAUAGGUGGAACAAGCACAAUGGUCUGGAUCAGGAAUCCCUCAUCCCCAAAUGUCGAAACCUUCGGACUGACGGCGGGCGCUGGAAUAACAAUGGCCUUUCGUAUCAGCUUUUUGCAGAUUGGCCUGAGGACCCAAACCGUAGUGGCUACCCAGAUCCCAGCUACCUGAAGAAUGCCACCAAGCAGAAGGAACUGUUUUCCUUAUACCUUGAUAAUAUAAACAGUGGCUAUGAGAACGACAUGAUCAUGAUGUCAGAGGGUCUAAAUAUGUUCCCGAGGUGGUUGAACCAGUCCGAACACUCAGGUCAGUUCCCAAACAACGUCGAUGCUGCUGCAGAGUUCAUGGUCUUGAUGGUGCAAGGAAUUUACGACUUCACCAAAGGACGAAUCCCACCCUACAUUGAACCCAUGAAUGAACCGGACGGCAAAUAUAACAUUUUGAAUUUCACAACUGUUGCCCAGUUCCACAAAUUAGUUGCAGAGAAGCUCCAUUCAAGAUUUAACAUUAAAGUGGCCGGCCCUACACUGGAUGGAGAAACUGGAUCUGCGGAUAGAGACAAUUUUACAUACUGGAAAAAAGUAGCAGAUUUCAUGGACGUCACUCUGGAUUAUUUAGACGUAUUUUCCUUUCAUUCAUACAACUCUCUUAUUGUUUCUGGAAAAUCUCACAACCUUACAGGUAUGAAUGAAGCAAGAUUGGUAGCAUUUGUCGACCUUGUUGAAAACAGGAAAGAGUAUUCCCCUUGUCAUCAGUGA